AGUCUCUCAAGGCUGCCCAGGGAAGGGUUAUAGUAUUUGGGAGGGAGAUAUUUUGCGGGGAAGACAGUUUCCAAAUGACUCAUAAACGAUUUGGUGGUGGCAGCUUACUGAUAACCUAAGCUGGUAAAUAAGCUUAGGAGGCUUUCAUGCGUGUCCCCACAUCUGUACCCUAGAGUUCAGAGUGGGGAAGGAACCUUGACACCUCUUGAAAAAAUCUCCCUGCUCCUCACUUAGCUGAUAAAGCUGAACUGAAGGAUUUAUUUGUUAUAUAACUUAUUCCCCUUCCUUUACAGGAAGAGCUGUAUUGCUAUAAAGCACCUGUUUAGUGAUAUACUUGCAUACGCAUGGGGGAGGGGGGAGUUACUGCUUUAACUGUACCAGUAUAAUUAUAUUGGUAUCUCUUGUGUGUGUAGAUGAGCCCUGAGUGACUGAUCUGCCCUAUGCAACGUUUCACAAGUAUAAGGUGGUUUAAUUUGUAACCCACUGGUGAGUGUGUGCUACGUCACCUCCAUGCUUUCUAGCUGUAGCAAUGCGUGUUUUAAGCUGGUUCAGUCCCCUGUUGUAGGCCAAGAUGGCAGCCGUCACACUCAUCCCAAAUCCCUCCCUGUGGAUGUGGCUUUCCACCUCACUCAGACACUUCUCUUGCUAAUCUAAACACAUACAGGUCCGGUUCUUCAAACUUGCCAUGUGUGUUGUUCUGGAUGAUAGUGAAGCCUGGAUCUGAGCUUCAGAGCUGGGGUGGGAUUUUUUUUUUUUUAAAGAUUCAAAAUAGUUUUUCUUCUUACAAAAAACUUUUAUUUUCUGCCCUUUCUCUAAUGUUUCCCACCCAGUCAAUUCGAACAGAUGGGAGCUGUAGAGCACCCUGGUGACCUCCCUCCAGUGGAGGUCAGCCUCUCCAACAAAGACAUGAGGUCAGGCACAGCCAACCACAGCAUCCUAUCCAUCAGGGAGGAAGAAGAAGCAGGCAAUUUCCUGCGUUCUAUCCCAACGCGAGAAUCCCUUCAGUGCCCUCGGGGCUCUGUCAUGAGCUUCCACAACAUCCAGUACACCAUCAAACAGUCCCACGGGCCCCUCUGCAAACGGACAACGGUGGAGAAGAAGGUUCUCCACAAUGUGUGUGGCAUUAUGAAGCCGGGUUUGAAUGCUAUCCUGGGACCAACAGGGAGCGGCAAAUCCUCUCUCCUAGAUGUGCUGGCUGCUAGAAAGGACCCUGCUGGCCUGUCCGGGCAAGUGCUCAUAGAUGGCUUCCCGCAACCUCCAAAUUUCAAGUGUAUCUCAGGAUAUGUCGUGCAGGAUGACGUGGUUAUGGGCACACUGACGGUGAGGGAGAAUCUACUCUUCUCUGCAGCCCUGCGCCUCCCCAGCUCCAUCAGCUUUAAAGAAAAGGAAGAGCGGGUCACCCAGAUAAUCAGUGAGCUGGGGCUCAGCAAAGUAGCUGAUGCUAAGGUAGGAACAGAACUAAUCCGAGGGGUGUCAGGCGGGGAGCGGAAGAGAACCAACAUCGGCAUGGAGCUCAUCACGGAGCCCCCGGUCCUAUUCCUGGACGAACCCACCACCGGCCUGGAUGCUAGCACAGCCAACGCGGUGCUCAUCCUACUGAAGAGGCUUUCGAGAAGAGGUCGGACCAUCAUUUUCUCUAUCCACCAGCCCCGCUAUUCUAUCUUCAAGCUCUUUGACAGCCUAACGUUGUUGGCUUUGGGAAAGGUGCUGUAUCAUGGUCUGGCUAAGCAAGCCCUGAAAUAUUUUAGUUCUAUCGGGUAUCAAUGCGAGCCCUUCAACAACCCAGCUGACUUCUUCCUUGACGUGAUAAACGGUGACUCCACCGCCGUAGCAGCAAGCAGAGGUGAUCAGAGAAGCCUGGACAAUGGAGGGACUGGAGGAGGGGUAAUCAGUGAUGAAGAGCAGAAUGUGGACAAGAGCGUGGUGGAAACUCUGCACGAGCAGUACCUGAACUCCAGCCAGUAUCGGGACAUGAGAGAAGAGCUGAAGAAAGUGGAGCUCAGCCAGCAGAAUGAGCAGGGGAAGUCGAGGAGCAUGAACAAGGUCACAUAUGCAAAUGGAUUCUUCACCCAGCUCUACUGGGUGUCCAUCCGUGCCAUCAAAAACCUCAUCAGGAACCCCCAGGCGUCUGUGGCACAGAUCGCAGUGACCACCCUCCUAGCCCUGAUUGUGGGGGCCAUCUUUUUCAGAGUAAAACUAGACCAAAGUGGCAUUCAGAAUAGGGUUGGAUCCUUGUUUUUCGUAACCUCAAACCAGUGCUUUUCCAGCGUAUCAGCGAUCGAGCUGUUUAUAAAGGACAAGAAAUUGUUUGUCCAUCAGUACACCAGUGGGUACUACCGAGUGUCAGCAUACUUCUUUGCUUUGAUGAUUGGAGACCUUUUGCCCAUGAGAACUCUUCCAGGCAUUAUCUUUUCAUGCAUAAGUUACUGGAUGAUUGGUUAUCAGGCAGUAGCAGGACGGUUCUUUUUCUUCAUGCUGACACUGGUGCUAGUAUCCUACACCGCUACGGCCAUGUCUCUGGCUAUCAGUGCUGGGAUGAAUGUGGUGGCCAUUGCCAAUCUGUUUAUCACUAUUUGCUUUGUCUUCAUGCUUAUCUUUUCUGGCCUGUUGGUGAACCUUCCUUCUGUGAUGGGAUGGUUGAACUGGCUCAAAUACUUCAGCAUCCCCAGAUACGGCCUCACAGCCCUGCAAGUCAAUGAAUUUAGAGACCUUUACUUCUGUGGUGAAAAACCCCAGAAUAUCACUGCGUCCCCUGGGGAUGUGGCUGAUUGCUCCUCAAAUGCUACACAAUUUGGAGAAAUGUGUUAUGGUGAAACAUAUCUGUGCAGCCAAGGGAUUGCAUCUACCAACUGGGCCAUGUGGGAAAACAUAGUGGCUCUAGGCUGCAUGACUGCCAUCUUCCUCCUGAUAGCCUAUGGGAAACUCCGAUUCAUGAAGAAGUUCACCUAGCCUCACCCUCACUUUACUCUGUGACUUACCUCAGGACUUGGAACUGCAAAGUUUGUCAGGCCCAUGCUCAUUGAAAACCAAUGAAAGAUUCAGUGCCCACUUGUCAAGCGCAAGAAAUAUCUAUUAUGUGAUCAUGAGUAACAUUUUUUACCUUGUCUAUAGUUAAAUUGCUGACUAUUUUAUUGUAAGAAAUUGUUAGAAUAUGAAGUUCUCUUACACACUUCUGUAAAAGUGCACUCUAAUUUAUAUAACUUCAUUAUUCUGUGGCCACUGUCUGCAGUAUCUCAGGAAAACAUAUUUAAACAUAUAAAUUAAUAUGAACCAGAUUUCAUUUUGGCAAUCAUCUUUAUUCUGUCCAUCAUUGAUAUAUAAUGACUGUUUUUCUGCACUGGUAUCGGGUUUUUACUAGUGCCUAUUGGAUCACAAUAGAGGCCUGUUCUAUGAGGCGCUUCAAGAUUUAAGACUAGAAAACAUUUUGAAUUGCCUUGCUUUGCAAACUGGGCAUGGUGCAGAUUUUAUCUCUAGUAGCACCAUAACAUCGGAAGCUUUCCCCAUACCAAAAUCAACUCUCCUCCCAAAAGGUAAAGAAGAAAGAUCAGCUAUGUAGGACCUGUCAAACACGAACAGGCUCAUGGUCCACUAGUGUGGUCUUUCUCAAGCUGUGGGUCUCAACCUCAGGCGGGAUCAGAGUGGGCUGUGGAAUUUAACAUUGCAGAAUUGGAAUUUUUCAACAAUAAACAAAUGUUAUGCCUAAUUCUAUACAUAUAGUGAAUAGCUGCAACCAGUAAGUCAUGUACAUCGAAUGUUACCAUAGCAGCACUGAAGAUUCUGCAGUUAUUUCUUUUCUGAGUAUAGUGAAAGAGUGCAAAUACAAAUUGCUGACACAGACUAACAUGGCUACCACUCUGAAACCAGUGCAAAAUCUGAUACCUCUGUGUGAUACACUGGUAAAUGUAAAAAGAACGAGUACUUGUGGCACCUUAGAGACUAACAAAUUUAUUUAGACAUAAGCGU